CUUAUAUACGAGUCUAUAUCUAGGCCGUAUUUGCUUAGCAGGUAUUCUAUGCCAACUGUCCCGUAAACAUUAGCUGCGCCUCACCUAUUAAGCCAGUGUAUCCAUUGAGUUUUUACCCAGUGGUUAAAUCCUUGCAUUUGUACGCCGGAUGGAUAUGAAGAAUGCCCCAUUCCCAUUCCCGUUUCCGUGGUCCCUCGCCAUUUCCGUCGACUUUACCAGAUGCGUUAGACUGGUUCGUAUCUCUCUUCUAAUCACAUUCGCGUUUUGGGGUGUUCGGCUACUGCAAGGCGGUGAGGAAUCCAUGCUGGUACUCUUCUUAAAGCGCCUUCCUUUUAUUUCGCAUUUGGGGAAGUAUGGCUAAGGAUAAUAAUAGUUUUCGCAUGUAAGCCUACUGAAUAAAAAGAACAUUCAAUCCAUAAUUCCGUAUUUUAUCAGUAACCGUUUAGAUACGUGUAUGUGUCGAAUUUUCAAAGUCUUAAUCUCGACCGUACAAUCCGGCACAAUUGUGAUCCAAGCUGCUAUCCGAUGAGUCUUAUGCGGGCUCUUUCUAGC